UCCGAUGUCAGUCGACAGCAGCGACGCUACGGCGAAAAAACGAAACUCGCGCCGACAUCGAUCUACUCCGGUGGCGUGUUACAGAAAUUCUUUUUUACGAACGAAUUAUUGAAAUAAACGCUCCACGCGUAAUGUCGGUAGUGCUGGUGCUUUGAAAAUUGACGAACAACGUUUUGUGCAUGUUAUUUUAUAUAAUGUUACCUCGUUUAUGUGCUUAGUGUAAGUUACAAUAGCUAUCCGAUAAGUGUGUGAAGUGACUCAAAAAUCGAGAUUUUAACGCGUCUUGGAGUUCUGCCGUGUUGUGCAUGAUUCCAAGAGGAGAGGGUUGCUACAGCUCUUAACGGUCUUUUGGAAAUCAUCAGCGUGCCGUCCACAAUGGCCGACACAGACACGGAGCCGCUGGCGAACGGCACGGCAGCGCUCUCCAUGGAGGAGGAGGACGAGAGGAUGAAGCAGCGCCCCGCUGACAUCGAUGCGGACGUCCGCGAGAUGGAGCGUCGCAAGCGCGUGGAGGCGCUGAUGUCGUCGAAGCUGUUCCGCGAGGAGUUGGAGCGCGUGCUGGACCAGCAGAUGCACGAGGGUAGCGACGCGCCGCUGCUGCAGCGCAUCCGCGAGAUGGUGGGGGGACGCCUGCAUAGUGGCAGCAUGCGGGGUCCCGCCUGCGUGCUCCCCAUCAACGACAUCCGCGGCAUCGAGGGCGUCGGCUACGAGAAGGGAGAGAAGAUCCUCCGCUGUAAGCUGGCGGCGGUGUAUCGGCUCGUCGACCUGUUCGGCUGGACGCAGUCGGGCAACCACGGUCAGAUCACGGCCCGCCUCAACACGGCAGUGGAGUCUGUGCUGACGACGCCUCGAGGGCUGCUGCCGCACGAGGUCACCGCCUCCUCGCUGGUGAAGGUCGACAUGCAGGGCUGUGUGCAGGACCAGGGGACCACUAACUUCCCCGUUAAUGUUGAAGGCUUCGCCCUCCACGCGGCGGUUCACGCGGCCCGGCCUGACAUCCGCGUGGUGCUGCACGUGCGCUGCCCCGCCGCGCUCGCCGUGUCCGCCACCAAGCGCGGCCUCCUCCCGCUGUGCCACGAGGCCGCCGCCCUGGGGCCCGCGCCCCGCCACCGCCCCGCCGCGCCGCUCGACGACGCCGAGCGCGACCUGCUGGUCAGAGCGCUGGGGCCCAGUGCCAAGGUGCUGAUCCUCUCCGGUGCUGGUGCCCUCUGCUGCGGCGGCACUCUUGAAGAAGCAUUCUUCCUCGCUCGCAACCUGACGGCGGCCUGCGAGGUGCAGUUGCGCCUGGCCGCUGUGCCCGCUGACGACCUGCAGCUGCUUGAGCCGCAGGAGAUUCACCAGAUCUACGAGAGCGUGCACAAGCCCCCCGGCGACGCCCACAAGUGGCGCGUCGGCGGCGAGGAGUUCGAGGCUCUCAUGCGCAUGCUGGACAACGCCGGCUUCCGCACCGGGUACAUCUACCGACACCCGCUCGUCAAGAACGACGUGCCUCGUCCUAAGAACGACGUGGAGGUGCCGCCCGCCGUCUCCUCGCUGGGCUACCUGCUGGAGGAGGAGGAGCUCUACAGGCAAGGGUUAUGGAAGAAGGGUCAAGGCAAGACUGGCGAGCGCACUCGCUGGCUGAACUCGCCCAACGUCUACCAGAAGGUCGAGGUGCUGGAGACCGGCACCGCGGACCCCAAGAAGAUCACCAAGUGGGUGGAUGCUAACAACGAAGAGUGGGUGCAGGACGGUUCGCCCGCGCACUCGAGCACUCCCGUGAAGAUCGACACGCUACAGUUCGUGCCCAAGAACACCAACCCCAAGGAGUUCAAGGCUCUGCAGCAGCAGAUCAAGGAGAACCGUCGUGCAGACAAGAUAUCUGCCGGUCCUCAGUCGCAUAUCCUCGAGGGAGUCACGUGGGACGAGGCCAGCAAGCUGAUCGGCGAGGACGCCGCCAACACGCACACCGGCGACCAUGUCCAGGUCCUAAUGGGCGCGGCGUCCAAAGGCAUCAUCCAGCGCGGCUACCAGCACAACGCGACGGUGUACAGCGCGCCGUACGCGCGGAACCCCUUCGACCACGUGACGGACACCGACAUCGACGAGUACCGCCGCACUGUCGAGCGCAAGCAGCGGUCUGACUACGACACGGACCUGUCGGAGUCGGAGGCGAUCAGCGCGGCGCAGAUGACGUCGCCCAUUGACACCGAGGAGGAGUCGCGUGACGAGCACCGCGUUCUAAGAAUAGAGACGAAGCAGGCCCCCGUGCGCAGCCAACCAGAGGUCGUGCUCAGCGAUGCGGACACCACUGAUUUCUUGGCCGCCGAACGCGCUCAUGCUGACAGGACGAAAGCCCCACCCCGGGAUCCGAACUUGCUAUCGGACGACGAGGUGUUCUACGACUCGCCCGCGUCGCCCAUGACGUCCGAGGUGAUGUCACCCGUACCGCGCGUCGUCAUCAGAGCGGCAGCCCGACAGCCAACAGUUCUGUCCGACGAUGACGUGUUCCUGCCCCCCGCGUCCGUCACCGUGCGCUCGCACGUGGCGCCCGCGCCGCAGACUGUCAGUCAGCCCGUCGGGCACGUCGGCCAGCCUGUCGGACAAGCUGGACAGACUAUUAGUAGAGGCGAGCACACGGUGAACGGAGACCACUCGGAUGCCCACCAGAGCACAUUCUCUCACAGCAGUAAAGAGGGCUCUCCGUCGAAGGAGGUGUCGACCGAGGAGUCUCCCAAGAAGGACAAGAAGAAGAAGAAGGGGCUCCGGACGCCCUCGUUCCUCAAGAAGAAGAAAGAAAAGAAGAAGUCCAGCACGCCACAACCCGCCUAGAGAUAAUCCCACGGAUCCACACUGCCAUCUCGCUUUCAAAUACUUGUAAUUUUUUUAAUAAUCGUAAGGUUUCUCUCGUGGAGUUCCACGGACGGCUUAUACAGCGUGUUGCGGUGGGGUGUACAUAAUUAUGUAGUUGUGACUUGGACACGUGCUGUAUACACAGGGGCGGGCUCGUUUUAUCAUUUUUAUGCAAUUUUUACUCAAAAGGAAACCAUUAUUCCAAUUUUGUAAUUUUCCAAAAUGUUCCUUCCAGUUUUUAUUAUGUUUUUUUGACGUUUUUAACGAACUCGCCUCUAGGUUUUAAGGUAAAUUCUCCAUAGAAGGUCGCUUGAACCCGGUCAGCCAUCAGUCACCGGGGACCCCCCUAGUACAAGCACAUUCAUUUGGGGGGUCAUUUUAACUUUUUUUAUCUUGUGAUAAAAGGCAAAUUUUGAAUGAACGGGACGGAAAUAUCUGGAUAUUAUUUUUUCUGUAUUUAUUUGUUUGUAAGCGGCGUAUUGGUACAAGUAGACCCACCGGGCGGCAUCGGCUCAGCAGUGCUAGGCUGCUCACGUUAUGCUCGUGUGCUCAAACUGAGCAUUCUCGCACGAAUUGAGCAUUUUUUUGUGAAUUUUGCACCUUUGGGCUCGGUGAGCAUUGAGCGAGUCUGACACGCGAGCGAGUUAGAAGUUAGACGCUAUCAGAUAGUUGUAAAAGGCGUAUUAUACUUUCUAAUUUAUUAUUUGACAAAAUUGUUCGGUUCGUAAUGUUGCCUUGCCAAUCCAUUCUUAUGUCGGAACUUAUGAGUUUGAUUAUUUUUACUUUUAUUAUUGUUUAGUUUUCUGACUGUUAGGUUUUAACUGAGAACGUCGGUAUUUAUAUUGGCAGCUCUUAUAUACGCCAACUAUAUUACAAAUCGGAAAUAAUUGUUAGUGAUAAAACAGCCUAAAUUAAAAAUAUAAUCAAUUUAAUAUGCUAAUGACUAUAUGAAUCAUGUUAAACGUAUAUUAUCAUAUACAAAAUGUAUCUAAAAUCAGUACAACGCAGUUGGCAUCAAAGUUUCCGACUUUUUCAGUUAAAAUUGAAAUAAAUAACUGGUGCAUUGUUUUACUUUUUUUUUCUAGAUGGCAUAUAAUGCUUUCAUGUUUAAAGGGACAUUAUCCGAAACCGGUUGCCGUAACAAAAAAAAUCGGUAAUUUUAACUGAACUUUUCGUUUCAAAAUCAAUGUUUUGGCGCAUGCUCCUAGAAAAAAAACAAUUUGUACAAAUUACCGGUUUUUAUGAACGGUUAACCGAGUUAUCGGAACGUCUCGCCAUUUGUGCUUUUAAAUAAUAAUAUUGAAAUAGAUAUAUCUGUUAUACAGGAUGGUCUGACAGUCGUAGUCGGCAGGAAUAGGGGGCAAGUUGACACAGUGCCUGAAUGUAUCAGAAAUGUAACCUUAUUAACGUAAUCAAAAGAAUGUAGACUUGAAAUUAUAAUCCGUUGUUUUUUUCAACCAGUACUAAUUUUUUAAACAUCUGUUUAAAAAUAAUUUCAAUGAUUUCUGCCAGAUCAUCCUCACGAUAGAUAUUAUAUUAAAUAUAAAAACAAAAAUAUAAUAUAUGUUAGCAUUUUAUGUAAAUGUAAGAAGGCUAGCCUACUUUCUGUAGUUAUAACUUAUUUUUCUUUUUUUACUAUUCGGACGUAAUAUUGCUCGGUUGACGUAACUUGUACGUAUCCUUAUGAAACAACCUGUAUCUUAAAAGUUGAAAAAAUAAAAACUUACUACGUAAAUACAAUUUAUUUCAACCUGGCAACACAAACCAGUACAUUUCAUGUUGUUAAUUUUAAAAUUUUGUCUUAAUUUUGUAAUUAAAGUAUAUUUUUUUAUUUUCUCUCAUUUAUUGUGAAACUUUUCCUUUUCAAUUUGACAUUACCUAGAGAUUGUCUAGCGUUGAUAAAAUGACAAGUUGACUAGUGUGCAGGACGUGGUUGUUCUCGGUUGCGGUAACCCGCCGCUUCUCAAUAAUCUUACACGAUGUUUGUUCAUAACGUUGGGACUAAAUAAAUUAUGCGACACGUACAUUGGAAUCUUAUGUGUGUAAAUAAGAUUUCUUUUGUAAUAAUUUUGGUCCGCUAACUAUUAAAUGUCGUCUGUAAGUCAAGAAGCGUCGGGUUACCGACAACCGUCUCGCCUAACCUCACUGCCGGCGUGACACGUAAAAUACAAAAACAAAUGAUAAUUAUUACAUCGGUCACCCAAAACGUAUAGUUUUGACAAUUAAUAUUAUUGUAUUAUCUAAAUGAAAUAUUUUUUUUAGUUUUUAAUAUAUUUUUUUCUUUGUUCCCGUCACAAAUCUUCGGGCGAUAGAAUUAAGAUAGCUUAAAUACGUUACGUUACGAUGUAUGUGUAUUUUUUAUUUCGUAAAAAUAUAUGCUAUUUGAAAAAAAAGUUUAUUAUGAAA